ACUCUGGGCCUCAACGCAUGGAGUCAUCAGGGACAAAAUUAACGAUCCACGGGGCUUCUUUCGUGGAAAUCAGCGCAAUGAAAAGGACAUCAUGAACGUGUCAAGGCGAAAGAUCGAGCUGACAUUGAACGGGGAUGGCAAAAGGACGAAGAAGCCCACGCCCGACUGCGGUCAUAAAUGCAAAAGUAUCGUUCCCCACCCGACGUGGAAGUAGAUUCGCCUGGGACUAUGACUUUGAAAACACCACCAGUCAAUGUGGUUCCGAUUCUCGUAAUAUGAAGAAGUUGAUAGAGCUCUCGAGGUUCGCCGUAGGUGGAUCACCUCUGGUCUUCGGUAUACUGAACAUUAAUCAUGGCUCCAUCUCUCUUAAUAUUCUCAGCAAGACCAAUGUGCGCCAAGUUGCUGACGGUUCUUUAGUAUUCGAUCACCUUGGCGCUUGUCCUCAGACCGGACAAAAGACCACCAAGGCUUAUGCAGCUUCCGCACCAGUAGCUUUGGCUGAUUUGUCACGGUCAGGCUCAAGGUUCCCUGGAGACUCUGAAGCUUUGUCAGAGCGUUAUCAUUCGACCUGGACUCGGACAAUUGCAUGAAUAGAAGAAGCUCGUGGUCUCACAACUUUUAAGCGGGGCGAUAAAUGGGCGUAAGAUGAGUCAUGUCCCGGUUCACUUGCUUCUUGUUGAACGGACAUACCAGUAGAACCAUCGAAAGGUUCAAGAAUAAGCCUCUACCUGAGGUUUGGAAUGACGUCGACUUCACUCAAGCAUAUGCCGUC